UGGGAGAGGGUUGUGGUCGUUAGCCUGGGAAAAUCAUUCUUUUAAACAAUAUUCGCCGGAAAAUUAGUUUUUUCCUAACAUUUCUCAAACAGGGCAAUUAGGGCCGUCAGAAUCGGUGCUGAAAGACGAAGUCCCCACAGUGCAAUAAUGAGGUUCCCACGGAAAAUCAUUUGUUUAUUUUUCAACUUGACAUGGGUAGAGAAAGCGAAUCGCUAGUAUAGAAAGCACAUCUGGAAUCCAUCCGGCCUCCUCUCUCUGGCUCACCCUCCUCCCAGCAAUGUUUCUCCUUGGAAGUUGGGGGAAGGAGCCCUUUUUCAGCGCCCUCGCUGGAGUCUGGCCUGCACGCCUUGCUGAAUGAAGCCGGAACCUCAGCCCCGCUUCCCUUUGAAAUGAAUGUUCCUGGGGCGCCCUCUCGUGGAUUUUGGAGCUAAUCGUCUGUGAAUGCCAAGUGAUGGCAACUGCCCUCCCGCCGCGUCUCCAGCCUGUGCGGGGGAACGAGACCCUGCGGGAGCAUUACCAGUACGUGGGGAAGCUGGCGGGCAGGCUGAAGGAGGCCUCCGAGGGCAGCACGCUCACCACCGUGCUCUUCUUGGUCAUCUGCAGCUUCAUCGUCUUGGAGAACCUGAUGGUUUUGAUUGCCAUCUGGAAAAACAAUAAAUUUCACAACCGCAUGUACUUUUUCAUUGGCAACCUGGCUCUCUGCGACCUGCUGGCUGGCAUCGCUUACAAGGUCAACAUUCUGAUGUCUGGCAAGAAGACGUUCAGCCUGUCUCCCACGGUCUGGUUCCUCAGGGAGGGCAGUAUGUUCGUGGCCCUCGGGGCGUCCACCUGCAGCUUACUGGCCAUCGCCAUCGAGCGGCACUUGACAAUGAUCAAAAUGAGGCCUUACGACGCCAACAAGAGGCACCGCGUCUUCCUCCUGAUCGGGAUGUGCUGGCUCAUUGCCUUCACGCUGGGCGCCCUGCCCAUUCUGGGCUGGAACUGCCUGCACAAUCUCCCUGACUGCUCUACCAUCCUGCCCCUCUACUCCAAGAAGUACAUCGCCUUCUGCAUCAGCAUCUUCACGGCCAUCCUGGUGACCAUCGUGAUCCUCUACGCACGCAUCUACUUCCUGGUGAAGUCCAGCAGCCGUAAGGUGGCCAACCACAACAACUCGGAGCGGUCCAUGGCACUGCUGCGGACCGUGGUGAUUGUGGUGAGCGUGUUCAUCGCCUGCUGGUCCCCACUCUUCAUCCUCUUCCUCAUUGAUGUGGCCUGCAGGGUGCAGGCGUGCCCCGUCCUCUUCAAGGCUCAGUGGUUCAUCGUGUUGGCUGUGCUCAACUCGGCCAUGAACCCGGUCAUCUACACGCUGGCCAGCAAGGAGAUGCGGCGGGCCUUCUUCCGUCUGGUCUGCAACUGCCUGGUCAGGGGACGGGGGGCCCGUGCCUCACCCAUCCAGCCUGCGCUCGACCCAAGCAGAAGUAAAUCAAGCAGCAGCAACAAUAGCAGCCACUCUCCGAAGUUCAAGGAAGACUUGCCCCACACAGCCCCCUCAUCCUGCAUCAUGGACAAGAACGCAGCACUUCAGAAUGGGAUCUUCUGCAACUGAUCGUCUCCAUGCGCCCUGCUCUGCGGCUGUGUUCUUAUUUAUUGCAUGCGUCGCUUCCACAGGGGCCCCUCGAGAGCUGUGACUCGGGAGAGCUACCUUACUUUGACCAACAGCCUGCCCAGUAUGGAUGUCUCUUACAGAGGGGGCCCAAGGAAUCACCACCCCGUUUCAGUGUAAACAAUGUGCCUUGUCCACUUUGGGCUCCAGAGUCUUUCAGAUGUACUAAGCUGCUGACAUCAUCCACCGCCUUCUGCUGCAUCCUAGACACCCUCCCUGUUGUUCACAGAGAGGGAAGGUCGUGGGCCACACAAUGCUGUGUGAUUCUCCAUGUGCCUCUGACUGGUGUUUUGAUGAUUUUACACUACAUUUCCUGUGCGUAGAAUGGAUGCUUGUAUAUUCGUACAUCUCUAUGUUACACAGAAUUUGUGUUGCAGGUGUUUGCCAUGUGGUACCUACAUAGAAUCUCCAUACAACACACAGUUAGGUAACAGGUUAUACAAGUGGGUUCAGACUGAACCCCCAGUACAAGGACAUUGUUUUGAACUAGGUGGACAUGCCAUCCCUGGUCUCCUUAGACUGACAUGAAUCUCAUGUUAACCAAGUUUUUAAAGUUCAAAUUCCCCAAAAAGGCUUGUCCAAGGUUGGUCCCAGAUGUGUGGGUCUGACCCACACCAGCCCUGUGUCCUGUCCUUUCAGUCAUUUGUCCCUGCGUAAUUUUAAUCAUAUUCCAAAGCCAAUUAUGUGAUGGUUUUCAGGUUUCUGCAAAUCACAGAAGAGCCAGCCAAGAUCACCCAAGAGCUUGUGCCCCCAGAUGGGCCAAAGAAAGAGCCUAUGAAGGAGAAGCAGAAGCGGACGGCUGGCCUGGCUCACCUUCCCACGCCAGUGGGGCAGGGGUCUGCUUCAGGAAACGGAAGGUGUCCAGGAAAUGAGCAGAGAUUCACAAGACAGCACUUUGAUUCUAUGUUGAGUUUGUUUCUAUAUUAGAAAAGCAGCAAGUCAGUAAUCCCCCGUGGCAUCACAGCUAAGUAGCUGUGGCCACCGGCAGUUUCACAGCGUCCUGAAAGCUGGCACUGAUCGUGACUAUCAGUGAAAGAAGUUUAAUUUUCAGGUUAGAAAAUGUGAUCUGGCAGUUUAUGCAUUCUUCAGAGUAAUGUAAUAAUACCUAUGUGAUGCUGUAAUUUUACUUUUCAACAUAAGUUGAACCCGUAGCAGUCUGUUUACCUUGUAAAGGGAUUACUUAGAAGACAUUUUUGUACAUGCUCUUCCCCAAGGAUUGUACAUGUUAUACAAGUAGAUGGAAAGAAAAGUGAACACGUUUGUAGAACUUUCAUAAGCACACAGUUGCUGUGUUGAGUUCUCUUUAAAAACAAGGACAAAACCAACCAGCAUUCAAAGGAACCUCCCAUCAGAGUCCCCUAAAGUAUUUUAGGUUCAGUGAGCAUUUGCCUGAAUAAAACCUAAAAGAGUAGUCUUAACACAUUACUAACUUUUUCUAAGAGAAAUUGAUUCCUGUUUUGUCAUCUGAUGCAAUUUGCAAGAGCAAAAGAGACAUUUUCAUAGGUUCAGGGUAACUCACCUCCAUGGGCUGACCAAAGACUUUUCUAAUUUUUGUUACUGAUGAGAUGAAACCUAUUUGUAAGGAGAUCUUCCCCAGGAGCAUUUCUGUUGCCUUCUUGACAUCAAUGAAAAGUAGCAUAUUCUCUUAUGAAAUAGCAUGAGAAAACCCAGGGCAUUUCUAGGACAGUAAAACGUUAAAGUACUGGAUUAAGAAAACAACAACAGGCUGGGCGCAGUGGCUCACACCUGUAAUCCUAGCACUUCGGGAGGCUGAGGCAGGUGGAUCACCUGAGGUCAGGAGUUUGUGACCAGCCUGGCCAACAUGGUGAAAUCCUGUCUCUACUAAAAAUACAAAAAUUAGCUGGAUGCGAUAGCACGUGCCUGUAGUCCCAGCUACUCGGGAGGCUGAGGCUGGAGAAUUGCUCAAACCCAGGAAGCGGAGAUUGCAGUGAGCCGAGAUCGCACCACUGCACUCCAGCCUGGGUGACAGAGCGACCCUCUGUCUCAAAAAAUAAUAAUAAUAAUAAAUAAAACAACAACAAAAUGCAUCAGAGAGCCAAAACAUUCAGUACUGCAUUUUCACAUAGGUGAUGAAAUGACUUUGGAACUUUAUCUGUGUUAUAGUUAUGAGUUGCUUUGGGAGCCUUGGAGCUCUCUGUAGCUAUUGUUCAUAACACUUUGCUCCAUAACCCUGAUGUCCCCAGUAUCUAAGUAUCUCAGCCUUCAUCCAUUAACUCUACUAGGGAGCCCACAGCCACCAUUUCCACUAGGAGGUAUCAGUAUUUGUGGUAUGACAUAAGGCUCCCUUGAAAUAACAAGACUUUUGAGCAAUCUGAAUUAAAAAUACAUCAAAAAAGUAAUAGCGCUCAUUUGCUAAAUGCAAAAAAUAAUCACCUUUGAUACCAAUGUGCACCAAUAUGCCUAACUAGCUAGCCAGCUGGAGAUAAUUUAGCAGCGAAUGUUUCAAAGCGCUAACCCUGAAGUUUGGAAACAGGUGGUCUUCUAUGCUGCAGAGAAAUUAUGCAUUAGGUCUCUUUUUCAAUUAGAAACCUUUACUAUUUCCAAUGUAUGUUUGUUAAAAAAAAAAUAAUAAAACCAAAAGCCUUUGUGGAAACCCA